AUUGUAUACAUACUAUUGAACCCCUUUUUGAAUGGUUGGACCUCCGUGUUACAUUGAACAUAUUCCUUUCAUCGUUUAUAUUCCUACUUCCCUGUGGGAAACGCUCUUAAAAUCAAAACGCUGUUGAAAGGAGAUGUGUACAUAAUAAGAUUCCGAUAAUGUAUGGAUAUCAUUUUCAUUUGGAUGUUUAUUUAUAAAUGAGGUGACAUGACAUGCGCCAUGGAAAAUAGGGCACAGCAAUGGCUUAAAGAAGAAGAAAAGACCAUCACGCAUAUAACUACUACUGUUGUUUGUUCCGAUGAUCAAUGCAUUUUGCUGUAAUACCUUUCGCAUGUCCAAAAGUCGAUCUCUCUCGUUCCAAUGUAACAUUUAUAAUUCUUCGAGAUACGUGCAAAUCAUACGCAUUCAAAUGUUGUGUUUAAAAUUACAAUUCAAAUGUCACCAAAGCAACAGAGAACGCGUUCUCGAUUCAAGGUGAUAACUCCAUUUCGAUCAUUGGUUCUCUGUGGUGAAAGCAGACAAGAGAUGGAAGAUUGGCUAAAUGCGAUAAGAACAGUAACAGAGAAUCGUUCUCAGACAGAUUCUGAUAUUGCCGAAAUGCUUAAUGGUAAUCAUCAUUGGCAUGCAACAAGUCAUGCAAGACCAACAUAUUGCAAUGUUUGCAGAGAUGCUCUUUAUGGUGUUACAUCCCAUGGUUUAAGUUGUGAAAUAUGCAAAUAUAAAGUUCACAAGCGAUGUAGUAUGAAAGCAAUAAAUAAUUGCAAGUGGACCACAUUGGCAUCUAUUGGCAAGGACAUUAUUGAGGACCAAGAUGGGAACAUUACUAUGCCUCAUCAAUGGAUGGAAGGCAAUUUACCUGUAUCCUCAAAAUGUUCAGUAUGUGACAAAACUUGUGGCUCUGUGCUCAGACUUCAAGAUUGGAGAUGUUUAUGGUGUAGAGCUACGGUACAUACAGCAUGUAGACCUGCCAUAAGUGUUAAAUGUCCAUUAGGACCAGCUAAAUUGAGUGUAGUUCCUCCUACAGCAUUGCAUAGUAUAGGUAGCGAUGAAGCUUGGGAAGCUAUUAGACCUACUGGAUGUAGUCCACUUUUAGUAUUUGUAAAUAGUAAAUCUGGUGACAAUCAAGGUGUUAAAUUUCUUAGAAGAUUCAAACAAUUAUUAAAUCCAGCACAAGUAUUUGAUCUUAUUAAAGGAGGACCAGGACCAGGGUUGAGAUUAUUUCGUCAUUUCGAUCCAUUUCGAAUUUUGGUAUGCAGCGGCGAUGGAUCUGUUGGUUGGGUUCUUUCGGAAAUUGAUCGUUUAGGAAUGCAUAAGCAGUGCCAAGUUGGAGUGCUACCUUUGGGAACAGGAAAUGAUUUAGCACGGGUAUUGGGUUGGGGGUCUUCUUGUGAUGAUGAUGCUCAUUUGCCCCAACUGUUAGAAAAAUAUGAAAAAGCAGGAACAAAAAUGCUUGAUCGAUGGAGUGUUAUGACUUUUGAACGCAGCAUAUCUUUACCAUGCCACAAAGGUGUGAUAAGUCCAUCUAAUACAAUGUUAAAAUCCAACAUUGCCCAUCAGUAUGAGAAUAAUAUUGUUACUCAUGUAACAAACAUUCUAGAAUCGGAUCAGGAAAGUGUAGUUUUAUCUAGUAUUAGAACUUUGUGUGACACAGUAAAAGAUUUUACAACAUAUAUAAAGGAGAAUAUAAACUCAGAGGACCAACAAAUGGAAAAUAAAUGUAAAAUACUUCAGAAAAAGCUUGAUUUAUUGUUACAAACUUUAUGUAAAGAAGAAGGUUACUUAACUGAAACUGUAGAAGAAGUCGAUAAUAUUACUUUAAAUACAGACAUUUCUGUUUCACCCGAUAGUUGUGAAAAAGGAGUGUUAGAAAAGCCAGAAAAAGACAUAACAAAUUUAAAAAGGCUUCAGAGAAGAAGACAACUUAUGGAGAAAGAAUGUGUAAUAUCAAGAGUAAAUAGUUUGAAACGAAUCAUAAGACAUUUAGUGGAGUAUUCACAACUGGCUAUGGGUGAUCAAAUUAACACAGACACGAAGCAUACUUCUAAAAUAACAGACACAAGUAUUUCAUUAGAUGAUAGUACUGUGUUAAAUUCAGUGUCAAGUAAAAAACAACUGGAUAUUCCUGGUUUAAAAGUGGACCAUGUUGACAAUUUAUCUAUUGAACCAUUAAUAGAAUCUAUAACAAGUUCCGAUAAUUUAACAUGUACUAGUCCUACUCCUAAUGUAACUUCUUUAAGUCCAAUACCUGACCUUAGGAGAGAUUCUCAACCUGAAGAGUUGUUAACAUUACCUGCUCCUGAUGGUUUUGCUGAUAGUAGACGAAACAGUGAAAAUUUUCCACAAGGUUCACUUGAUUUUGAUGUGCCUACAAUUGAGUCUCAAUCUACUAACAAUCAGCAAGAAACAGAAAAUCUAAUGUCUAAUGAUCAACAAAUAUCUGAAUUUAAUAAUAUAAAACUUUCUUCAGAAUUUCCAACUAGUGUUACAAGAACUACGUUUGAUACGAGUACACCUUCAGAUGAUGCUACUAUGCAAGAUACUAUUAUUUCUCCUGAUACAGAGUCAUUCCAAUCUAAGCAUCUAUCCCCAGAACAUACAGAAAAAUUUGAAAAUAGAAUUAAAUGUGACAGUAGAGGUAGCUGUAGUAACAGCAUUAUUAGUACAGAUAGUACAAUUUCUGAUACACUGGAUUUUAAGAACUAUGUAAUACGAAGUAGUGAAAGUGAAAUUGUUCGUAUAAGUAAUGACAUAUUUGAUUCUACACGAAGAUCUGAUAGUUCUGAUAUUGGACAUAUUGAUUCUCCUGAUAAUUCAGAUGUGCUCACUAGUGAUAUACAAAAUUCUGAAAGUUUAAUCGAUGAUUUAAGUUCUCUUGGACAAGAUUUGAUUAGCACAAUGAUAGGAGAAAAAUAUGACUCUGUGAGAGAAUGUUUAGAAUCUAAACAGAUGGAAAAACCACAGAAACCUUGUAGUAUAGCACAGUUUGUAGAAGGCAAUGAUAUUGCCAAACGAUCAUUUAAGAAGCAAUCAACAAAGAAUUCUGUUUCAGAAACUGAAAAUAAAGCCAAGGAUAACAUAGGAUCAUCUGAACAGAACAGUCAUGAUUCUCGAGAUCGCAAAACAUCUGAUUUGUUAAGUCCUGUUUGUUGUUUUACUGUUUCUGCGGAUACUACCACAACAAAUGAAAAACCUAGUAAUUUUCCACCAACGAUAAGUGUUAUAAUUAAUCCUCCCAGUCCUUCAACAUCAAUUGAAAGUCAACAUGAUUCAGACAAGGGAUAUAAAAUGAGUCCGUAUUUAAGACGAUAUAACGAUGAAAGCAUGGAAAAAUUAAGUGUAGAGCUACCAGAGUCAGGUUUUUCUCCUCAAGCAACUCGACGAAUUAGCAAUGGAAGUUUGUUAAAAGCAUCGGAAGUAGUCUCUCUAGCUGCUACAGCUGCAAGAUUUGAUGGUUCCAAUGCAAGUUUGCGUCAUGAAAGAGUAAAAUCUGUUGACAAAACUGAGGAUGUUAAAAAACUUCCAAUUAUUAAUCCUUUAGUUCAAUUACCUAUGUGGCCAAAUGUUAGUGGAGGAUCAGGUCUUAUUAGUCAAGCAUUGCUUGCAAAUGCAGAUGCACUUUGUGCAGCAGUAUCACCAUUAAUGGAUCCUGAUGAAACUUUAAUGGAAGGUUAUUUUGAACGUUGUGUUAUGAACAAUUAUUUUGGAAUCGGCAUUGAUGCAAAAAUUAGCCUCGACUUUCAUCAUAAAAGAGAAGAACAUCCUGAAAAAUGUCGAUCACGGGCAAAAAACUAUAUGUGGUAUGGUGUAUUAGGAUCCAAACAAUUAUUACAAAAAACAUAUAAAAAUCUUGAACAAAGAGUACAGCUAGAAUGUGAUGGUCAACGUAUACCAUUACCGUCUUUGCAAGGAAUUGUUGUAUUGAACAUUCCAAGUUUUAUGGGUGGUACCAAUUUUUGGGGAGGCACGAAAGAAGGAGACUUGUUUCUGGCUCCUUCGUUUGACGAUCGCAUAUUAGAAGUUGUGGCUGUAUUCGGAUCUGUUCAAAUGGCUGCAUCACGACUUAUUAAUUUACAACAUCACCGAAUUGCACAGUGUCAAACGGUUCAAAUUAAUAUUUUGGGAGAAGAAGGAGUACCUAUACAAGUCGAUGGUGAAGCAUGGAUACAGCGUCCUGGUAUCAUACGUAUUAUACACAAAAAUCGUAUGCAAAUGCUUUACCGAAAUCGAGCACUCGAGACGUCUUUAAAAACGUGGGAGGAAAAACAACGCAAUACACUUAAUGCAAUAUCUCAAUCAGCGUCUACUUUAAAUAGUACACAAUUACAAUUGCAAUCCCAAACAAAGACUCCUUUACCAAUACAGAGUAAGCCGUCACAUUUAAACGAUGAAGAAAUGUAUAUAUUGCUGGGUUUUAUUGAGGCAGUUACAACUUUAGUUAAAUGGGUAGAAGUUCUUAUUAUAUCACAUCAAAGUUUGGAACCUGAUUUGUCUCAAGUUGCAGCACGAACAGACCAAGCACUUAAACAAUUAUAUUCGGAUGGAAAAAUAGUGCAAGGAGACAAUUUAAGACCACUUGUAACAGAAUUGGUAUCAGGUGCAAGACAACUUUACGAAGAUUCAUGUGAAUUACUUAGAGAUAAAGCACAUAAUUUGAAGAUACGAGAAGGUUUAGAGAACAACUUAUCUUUUUCAUUAGCCAAUAUGGAACAAGAAUUAAAAAAAUGUACAUUUGAUGAAGGUGGCACAGGAUUAGUAUACUUACAAAAUUUAACAUCAGAUGAACAGGGAGAUAAAAAAAAUCGACACAAAGGUUUAUUCUGGUUGAAAUUUCGACGUUCAGGAGGUAAUUCUGGAGCACACCCUGCUCGGGAACAAGUUACUACAUGGGGUGUGCAUGAAGUUUGUUCUUGGUUGGAAGGUCUACAGUUGGGUGAAUAUACUGAUAAAUUCGUUUCUCAUGAUAUACGUGGUAGGGAAUUAUUAUCAUUAGCCCGUAGAGAUCUCAAAGAACUUGGUAUUACUAAAAUAGGACACGUUAAAAGAAUCUUACAAGCUAUUAAUGAUUUAAAUAAUUAGGUAUACGACUUCAAUAUUUCAAAGUAUAAAUAAUACAAUCAAUAGAUAAUAUAUUAUAUUAGUUAAUAAUUAUCGAAAAAUACAAAAUUAUAAACCUACAUUAAUAAUUUACAAGAAUCAUUUGAAAACUAGAACUACAAACGUUAUGUAAUACUAAAUAUGCAAUAUAAAAAAUGUAGAUAUUCUCAUACAAAAAGGGCACUUACUGUGAGGUAGCAGUGUUAUACAAAAAUUAUUUUCUACACUGCUCUAUAACAAAAUGAUGUUAUUAGUGCCAAACUGUUAAUCUAACGUUAUGUUAAGCAUGCCAUAUUCAUACUUAAUAUAAUACAUUUUAAUGCAAUGCCAUCAUAAAAUAACAUUGAUUAUGCAUUUAUACAAUGAGUAAGAUUUUAACGGUAAUUUAAUUAACAAUAUAAUAAUUUACUGAAGAGUAAUUUAUAUUUAUUCCUUUGUAUAUUGUACAAAAAUUAAAGACUUCAAAUAUUAUGUAUUAAUGCAAAUCAUAUUAUAAGUUUAAGAGUAUGUAUUAUGCCAUUAUUUAUUACUUUUUAUAUUUGUUAGAUGUUCCGAGUUUCAGAAUAUUAUGUUAAGUUUACUUAAAACAGUAUUAAUAUAUUUAAAAAUUAUAUUCUAA